ACAGCGGCUCCUUUGAAGUUUGUCAUAAUUAGCGUGAGAGGAUUGACAGAAGAAAGUGAUUGGAAAUGUUUUCUUGUUUGGGGAUUAUUUGUUGAUAUGUUGUUGAAAUGUGGUUUUAUUUGUUACAGUUUUUUCUUGUUAUAGUGUUCGUUGAAUUUGAAGGAAUACAAUGCUUGAGAAAAGUUCGUGAUGUGUCAUCAUUGAUCCGGGAACACCCAUUCAACCAGUACCUGUUAAAUGCUGUUCCCCGGCCGUACCAUGUUGUAUUCCCGAAGCAGGUUUCCCGCCAAAACCUGCAACCCGUCAACACCAGGCUUCGUCAGAUAGGACAUCAUGGCGUGUUUGAGCACCUUGAUCAGGUCACCCUCCAGAUCGUUCUAGAACGCAAGAAACACAAACUGAAACUGGAGCGGAAUGAUGGGCUGUUCUCGGCAGGUAUCGAGGUGAAACACUUCCAACCAGGCACUCCACGCAGGGAAAUCAUCACAAGGACUGUAGAACACUGUUACUACCAGGGUGUUGUGAAGCGGGAUGCAUGGUCCGCCGUGGCCAUCUCCACAUGUGAUGGCAUCAAGGGCGUCAUUCAGCUGAACAAUGAGACGUAUGUGAUCCACCCAUUGGAUGGCGGCGAUCAUGGGGAGGACCGAGCACACAUCAUCUACAAGGGGACUAACUCUGGUGAGGAGAAAUGUGGGAACAGUGAGGGCAAGUGGCUCCCGUUUCACGAGCUACACAAGGGGGACUUCGUGCGCAAUCUUAAGUUACUCAACUAUAGAAGGGGCCAGGACCCGACCAUAGGAACUCCGGAAGUCAAGAGCAAGUUCCUAAAGCUGGCCCUUGUGGUGGACAACUCCAUGUACUGGGGGUUAAACCGAACCAUAGUGGACAUGUUCCGAUACUCCGCACUCACUGCCAACAUUGUGGAUAUGUAUUUCAAGGAGUUAAACAUUGACGUCGGCCUUUCCUAUGUGGAGUUAUGGAACCUAGAAAACCAGAUCACUGUCACCCAGCGGCUUAGAGAAACAUUGGAGAACUUCAUGAUGUUCCAGACCAUGCAUCUGGGUGACACAGAUUACCACACUGCACACCUCAUCUCACAUGCAGGUUUUGAGGACAACUUUGUUGGAAUGGCGAUUCCUGACUCAAUGUGUACAUCCAGGGCGUCAGGCAUCAACUGGAACCCAGGCUACCUUCAAAUUCAGCAAGGUGCAACCAUUCUGGCUCACAUGAUAGCUCACAAUCUUGGCAUUAAACACGAUGAAGAUGGAGGGUGUGCCUGCAAUGAUGAGUUUGGGUGUAUCAUGUCUACUGAGGUCUUGUCUGGAGAGGAGCGUCACUCGCGCAUGUUUUCUGAGUGUAGCUACAAGGACUGGGAUAUUUCCUUGAACAUGGGGAUUACAGACUGUCUCAACAAUAAGCCACAGCCGGUGUUUCCGCAGACGUGUGGUAACCGACAUGUAGAGAGAGGGGAGGAGUGUGACUGUGGGACGCCUGAGGAAUGUGUAUAUAUCGACCCCUGCUGUGACCCUUACACUUGUCUGCUGAAGCACUGGGCCCAGUGUAGGAGUGGCGAGUGCUGUCAUAAUUGUACUUACCUGUCAUCAGACUAUGUUUGUCGGGAGAAAUCCUACGAUUGUGACGUGCCAGAGUUCUGUACAGGUCAGGAUGCCCAGUGCCCAGUCAAUAACUACGCCAAGGAUGGCCAUACUUGCAACAACCACACAGGCUACUGUAUGGGCGGAGUCUGCCCCACCCUCGAUAAACAGUGUCAACACAUCUGGGGAACUGAGGCGUCCACUGCCGACCACCAGUGUUACGAGCGAUUCAAUCCAACAGGAAACUUCAAUGGGCAUUGUGGGAAGGACAACAGUACGGGCUCCUUCGCCAAGUGCAUGCCUGAGGACAUUCCGUGUGGACUGCUCCACUGCUCCGGAGGUCACCAUGAACCAUUGUAUGGACCAGAUAAAGACUCGUCUAAAACCACGUUCUCUUCUAACGGAUUGGAGUUUGAGUGCAAAACUGUAUACGGACCAUCAACACUAGCUCUGCCCAACCUCGGAAUUGUUCUGGAUGGUACAAGAUGUGGGGACGAUCAUGUCUGUAUGAACAGGAAGUGUGUUCCUCUUGCUAACCUAGCGCCACUCAAAUGUCCGGGCACCUCCGGGGAUGUUGUCUGCUCCGGUCAUGGGAUAUGUACAAAGGAGGACACAUGUUUUUGUGAGGACAUGUGGGCAGGUGUUGACUGCUCCCUUCCGCUGAAUGAAUCACGCCCCGCUCUGUCUCUCCACUCCCUGUUGACAACAACCCCCGCUCCUCCCACAACUCAGAAGAAUGUCAAGGCCAUACCACUUAAUGUGACCUUGACCACUAAGUCACCACAGUCAACUGACGUGGCCUCCGCUGCUGUUGUCCAAGCAAAUGAGUCAAGCUGGAUGGAUACUAAGUGGAUGAUGAUUAUCCUUGCCAGUGUUGUUGGAGGGCUGGCACUGCUGUUUGCCAUGUCCUUCCUAUGCUACAGGCGCCGUAGUCCAAUGUCUUCACGUCAGAAGAAGAAGAAGCUAGCUCGCCAUUGUGAAGAAGGAGAGACUGAGUCUGCGAACAAACUCAUCAAGUUUGGUUCCCUGCCUUCAUACAGGGAUGAAAAGAAGAAAAAGAAGAAGACGAAGAAGAAAUCCAAGGGGAGUAAAUCUGCCAGCGAGAGUGACAUGGAUUUACCUCCCCCACCGAUGAUAAUCUCCGAUCCAAAUAGCGCCAAACCGGAGAAGGGAAUCCUGAAGGGGGCAUACAGUGCUAUGAAAUACGCCAAUGAUAGACGUAGUAGCGAGUCUAACACCGCUACAUCGUCCAGUAAAAGCGAGAGAGACAGCGUUGGUCCAUAUGAUGAAAUCGAUGAGGAGGAUACGGAGGCUGGGGAGAUUCAGGAUAUCUUCGGAACCUCUGAAGAGCCAGAAAAAUCUGUUGAUGCACUUGAUAACAUGAUUGAGUCAUCCAGUUUUGAUUUUAUGUUGCCACCACCAUUCAGUAACCUUGGACUACAGAACAGAUCACCGUCACCGCCUAGGAAGUUUGGUGGGUAUGAUAUGGCACAUUUGACUCAAAGGCCUAAUGUGUGGAUGCAGAAUUUACAAUCACCACCAAAAUCUCGGGUGCUACGGAUGCGAAAUCUGGACGAGUUAUUACAAACAAUAGAUCGCAACACCAUUGACCUGUCCCCAUCGCCAGAUGAUCCGCCGGUUCAGAUUUCUCCCUCUACGUCGGAGGAUGUUCGAUCAAGCUCAACUGAAGAUCAUCGUUACCCUGCUAGCAGCCAGGAUCCACAGAGUCCAAAUUCUAUAACCAGUGGUAGCACAUGUACUGCAUUAAGACCACUGCUGGGUAGUCAGUGGAGCAAAUAUGUUCUACAUCAUAAUAAUCCAGAUGGUGGCAUCUUUUCAUUGGAUGACAUAGAAUCCCCUUUACCUCACAUUAAUAUACCACCGCCAAUGAAUCCAAUAAAUAUCAGGAGCAUUUUUAACUAUGGUCAGAAAGGAAUAAACAGUAGAGACAACAAUGACACACCUCUUGGAAGUCAGAACGGAGAGUGUAGUUCGAACAAUGGUACAGCAAAUUCUAGAAACGGAUAUGAGAAAAGUUCAGGGUAUGGCAGUGAGCAUGACCCAGAGAGGUUUAGUAUCGAAGAUUUGUCACGUAACCAGUCAAGGUCGGGGUCAGCCUCCCCACCAAGUUUCAGUGCAGUAAUAAGAACAGGUCCAAACCAGAUCAAACUGGUUCCUGCUAGUAAGAAAGGUGGCUAUAGUUACAACCCCAUGGACAAUGACUUGCAGAAGUUGCUGGAUGGUGUCCCUAGAAUUGACGCUGGGUGCUACGAGCGGAGCCCCAUCUUGUUAAAGAAUGGUUCCAACUCUGAGACACUAAGUAGUGUGACUUCUGGGACUAGUACUCUAGAUACUUUGAAGAACUCUAUGAGCGAGUGUCCAUCUAGUAUGAAUUCUGAAACCAACACCCUAGUCAAUUCAGAAUACGAAACUAUGGACUUGUUGAGCAAUGAGGAUGGCUCUUUGCAUGAGCAGUAUCCGGAAAUGGAAGGGAGUUGUAGUAAGGACUUUACGGAUGUAAAAAACAUGCAGCAUCCCUUGCCAGACUUACCUGAUGGUGUCUUGCCAAACCCCAAGCCUCUUGGUGACACAGAUUAUGAACAAACAGAAAGUAGUCAGUGUAUUGACAGAAGUUUGGAAGAAAUCUCACACUUAGACAAUCGUAAACAUAAUAAGAAUCAUAAAAGAUCUGCCAAAGACUCGAGAGCUCAGCGACCACUAAGUCUCGGCCUCUCGGGUAAAGAGACGAACAGUGACGAGGUGGCGUCUGAGCGUGAUUCGCUACUGGUAAACCGGUUCAGUGCAAUAGAGCCACAGACCGUGGACAUCUGUGAAUGUUAGUUGCUUUCACUCCAAGUUCAUUGUGUAUAAAAUCAUGUCAAUAUUUAUUAGCAUCUUUUUCAUGUUCAUUGAGCUAGUGUUUUAUUCAUGUUCAUUGCGUUUGUCUUACCAAAUAUUUUACUCAAUUUUAACUGAAAUAAGAAACAUGUUGACUGUAUCAUAAUCUUUGUGUUUAUUGAUCUACAAAAGACCUUCAUAUGUAUUUAAUAUUUAUUUUUAGAAAUUCAUAAGGGAACACGAGUUUUUUGGUAUACAUUAACUAUCAGUGCUACUCUAUGUAAAAACUGUCUCAUUUGUUGAAGUGUGCUCACAUGUACGUACUCUGAUGGAGUAUUGGUAUUUAUAUGCUGUUGAAAGGUCUUUGUUGGUUAUGGUAUCUGAUGUACAGUUAAGAGUGUCCAUUUAUCUAGCCAUUGGCGAAAAAAAUUGUUAGACUUCAAUGCGUGGUUACCCUGUAUAAUGUUGGUAUCAAUUAAAAGGGUAUUACAUAUGGUACUUACUUAAAUUGCUUACUUAAAAAGUGAUUGCAGUUGAUUUUGGGUUUGUGAAAAAUGGCCUGUUUUUAGAUCUUCGAAGGCCAGUAAAGCUUGUUUCCAAUAUUGUUUUUGAUCUACUUUUUACAUAUUCCUUUCCUGCUCAUAAGACCCCAACUCAUAAAACCCUUUCAAACGAAAACAUAAUAUGGGGUCACAAGGCAUCCAAGAUUCACAUCUGAUACCUAACAGUGGAAACAAAUUGACAGGCGACUAUUUACAAAUUUAUGUCCGUGGUCCUGUACUUUGUUACGGAAGUCUGAACUUCAUUUUCAUUUGCAUCUACAUAAUCAACAGCAGUAACCGUAGCUUCAAGCCAAAAUGUUCAUCAGUUUUAAAACCAGUAUAAACGUAUAACUGUUUACAUAAUCAUACUUCUGCAUGAAAACAACAUUUGUUAGUUACUUCUUUACUCCUCAAUGUAAAUUGUUAUAAUCAAGUUAUUAGAUACCAGUAUUACCAUACUGUACAAUUAUGUGACUUAGAUUUCUGUCGAGUUAUUUUGGUACCAUUUGUAAAUAUCCAAUAUGUACGAAAAAAAUAUUUGUAAUUUAUGUUACGUGUUAGUAAUCAGCAGGCUGUACUUCAAAUGAUAACAACAUUAUACUUGGUCACCUGGUACCAAAUUAACAAUGCCUCGAAUAACAAGUUUAUCGUACUUAGGAUGUCGACGAUUAUCAAAGAGAAUCAUAUUUUCAUUUCAGUCUCUCAUUUUCCAGAUGUUCAUUAGAGACAAAGGCUUGUGUACCUGUUAUACUAUUGUAUAAUUAUUUACAGCAUUUAAUAGAUCUUAACUUUAUUUAGAAUGUGUUCAUUUACUGUAUAACAUGCAUUUGUUUCAAGUAUCUCUUUGGAUCUAUUCAAGUGUUUUAUUUAUUUUUUAUCUUUGUUACUCCAUUACCCAAAUUCAUUUUUACUUUCAGUUUUUUUUCCUCAUUUUAAUCAAAAUUCAGAUUUUAAUUUUAUGCCUUGUGUUACAACUGUUCUCUUACAUUCAUAGACCACCCUUCUCAGGUGGGGCAGACUAUUUCUCAUGCAAAAUUAGCUUUAAAUUUGAUUUUUUGUUUUACUGGGGGUGGGGGGUAUAAACUUGUUCAACAUCAUUUUACUGUACUAUAGAAGUGUCAAGGUGCCAUGUUUUAUUUGUAUACAGUGAUUCACAUUGCCAAAAAGUCUAUCAAAAUAUUUUUUUGGCUUAAAGGGAUUCGCUCAUGUUUUGGCACCAUUUUUAUUUUUUCUUGAAAUGCAUCUGAAAACACUUGUAUUUUAACUUUUUUACUCUAAUACUGAAAUUGCAGAAAAAAAUAACACUUUCCGUAUUAAAAUAUAUUCUGGAUUUAGUCUGGAGCGAACCAACACGGGUACAGUCAAGGAAAAAAAGGAAAACGGCCACAAAACCACACGCCCACAUGGACUCACACACAAACAUAGGAUAACUUUAUAACAACCUUUUGUUAAAAGCAUUACUAAAGCUAUUCAUAACUGUGGACUUUAAAAGACAAUAUUUGAGCAUAUAUCAACAUUUGUUGAAGUGUUUCUGUCGUCAGUAUCUUAGUUUGAACACUCCUAAUGAUUUGCCACACUGUUUUGUCAUAAAAAAGGUCCCGUUUUCAAAAACAUGGUCGAUGACAUUUAUAAAAUAGAAAUCUUAUCAUUUGAACUGUUUUAGUUGAACGGAAGUAUAUCUUAUUUUCAGCAUUGUUAAAUAUCAGUUUCCUAAGCGUCCUAAAAAAUAUAGCUCCAAGGCUAGACUCGAUUCAUGUAGCUCCAAGGCUAGACUUGAUUCAUGUAGCUCCAAGGCUAGACUCGAUUCAUGUAGCUCCAAGGCUAGACUCGAUUCAUGUAGCUCCAAGGCUAGACUUGAUUCAUGUAGCUCCAAGGCUAGACUUGAUUCAUGUAGCUCCAAGGCUAGACUUGAUUCAUGUAGCUCCAAGGCUAGACUUGAUUCAUGUAGCUCCAAGGCUAGACUCGAUUCAUGUAGCUCCAAGGCUAGACUCGAUUCAUGUAGCUCCAAGGCUAGACUCGAUUCAUGUAGCUCCAAGGCUAGACUCGAUUCAUGUAGCUCCAAGGCUAGACUUGAUUCAUGUAGCUCCAAGGCUAGACUUGAUUCAUGUAGCUCCAAGGCUAGACUCGAUUCAUGUAGCUCCAAGGCUAGACUCGAUUCAUGUAGCUCCAAGGCUAGACUCGAUUCAACAUUGGGUCCUAACCUGUCAAACUUCAGUGACAAAAUCCAAUAUAGUUUUUUUUUCUUAAACAUGCCUCAAUUAUUCAUAUUCAAUUCAGUCCAUUGGCCAGUUAUUUAAUAGUCCCUUAGUUACAACACUAAGAUUCUAAAACAUAGCCAAGUUAAAUCUUAGAUGUGUUUUUUUUUAAUGCAGCCUGAGGGCCAGACUUGAUUAAUGUUUGCUGCUUCUAUUGUUUCGUAGUACAAUAUAUGAAGUAGAUGAAUUAUUGUUUACUAUGCCUUAUACUUGUUUACCAUAUAUAUGAAGAUUAGAUUGUUGUAGCUACUUUUUACAAUAUGAUUGUCUCCUGUUGAUGAUACUUUACAUUAGAUGUAUUGGAAAUAAAGAACAAGAUGAAUCCA